UGGUGAGUUGUCGCCACACCACUCUCGAAAUAUGAAAUAGGCAAAAAUGUGGCGGGUGAAUCCGGCUAUGUUCUAGCGGAAAGUUCGUUCUCAUUUUGCAAAUUUCGAGAGUGGUGCGGCGAGGCCCUGCAUCGCAGACUCCAACGUGUUCCUCUCUUCUCGUCGAGAUGAGGCUUCGCGAGCGAGCGGUCGCGACAGUUCUCACAAGAUCGUCAUCGCUGCGGUUGUUUUCUGCCCGCGCGAAGGCGCCGCAGUGUUCUCGUGGUCAACUGUGUCUACCUGGUCAACGAUUACACGGGACCUGGCUAGGGGAGGAGGAGAAGCACAUACGGACGUCGAUAGGAGAGGAGGGGGAGGAUACGCGGGAGGUUCGACCACGGGGCGAUCUCUCUGCCAUCAACCUCGACUUCAAUGGCUGCAGAGAUAACGGGGCAAGUCCUACCCAGGCCGCCGACGCAGAUGGCAGCACUUUUCGAAGGGUGUGGUCGACCGCCGAGACCACCUGGAAGAGGCGGCGAUUCGAACCGUCGUCCCCCUCGCCGUCCAGAUCUGCCGCGACUACCGGUAGCUUUUUGGAGAACAGCGGGCCAGGUCAAUUCGCUCCCACCGCUGAGGAAACUUGGCGGCAAAGGCUGUCUCCUUCCUCGUUGUAUUCCCGUUUGAGCGGCAGAGGUUGUAAGAAUUCAUGGGAGGAGGAGAGCGAAGGAUGGCUAUGGAGACGGCGGCGAGCUCAAGGGUCGGUCGCCGCUGAUGUCAAUUCUGCGCAGAUUGGGCGAUGGCAUGGUGCUGGUUGUCGCUGCUUCUUCUCCGUCGGAAUUGGCGGAAGUGAUCCGAGAUCUGUCUGCCCUGUGAAUGGGGCGGAUCUAAGACGGCUUGUCGGUAUUAUCCUCGAUUCUCGGCGUCUGCCUUGCCGAGGACACCGCUGUGCUGCUGCCGACGCAGAAGCGAUGAUGAAGAAGAGAGAGGAAGGAAAGGAGGGGAGUCCAUUUCGACCAUCCUCAUUCGUAAAAGACUUCGCAUUGUUUUCCCGCCAAGCUGCCAGUGAUCAAUUUUUCGCGGGAAGAAACUCCAAUAAGGGAGUCGAGCGUGAGCGGCGCAAAGGACACGGCUUCACUUCGUUCAAUUAUUGGCGAGGGAGCUCCGAUGACGUGGCAGAUGGGCUAGCAAGAUCGCGGCGUGGGGGACUGUCUAUGAUCUGUCUCUUAUACACAUCUAGAUGUGUAUCGCGGACUAGCAAUCGCCCUCUGGCGAGCGGCGCAGUGACCGUGAAUCAAGCCGUCGUCUUUCUUGGGAGCCAAUUGCUACUGGGCUUGGGAAUUCUACUUCAGCUGAACCAGUUCAGUCAAAUCCUGGGCGCGUCUUCCCUUCUGCUAGUUGGAACGUAUCCCUUGAUGAAGAGAUACACGUAUUGGCCACAGGCUUACUUGGGUUUGACGAUAAACUGGGGAGCUUUGCUUGGUUGGGCUGCAGUGCGCGGAAGUCUUGAUCCUUUUGUUGUCACCCCACUCUACUUUUCUUGCUUGACAUGGACGGUGGUUUACGACACCAUUUAUGCUCAUCAGGAUAAGUUUGAUGAUGAACGAGUUGGUGUAAAGUCAACCGCUCUCCAAUUUGGGGAGGCUACACCAAUGUGGCUUACAGGAUUUUCGGGGGCGACAAUUGGGGGUCUUAUUUGUGUUGGGAAGAUUGCAGGAUUAGGUUGGGGCUUCUAUCCAGCACUCAUUGCGGCUAGCAGUCAUUUGGCAUGGCAGACACGAACUGUUGACCUCACCAACCGAGCAGACUGCCUAGCAAAGUUUGUCUCCAACAAAUGGUUCGGGGGGAUCGUCUUCGCUGGCACAGUCCUUGGAAACCUCACUGCUUGAUAUUUGCCUUCUGCGCAGAAGGCUGUGCAGGAGUCCAUGUCCUCAAGCCACCAGAACCUCCGGGCCUCUUUUUUCGGAUUUGCACUGUGCGCCAAAGAAAAAUGAACCUCCAGUGGCAGACCUUUUUUGUUUUCGAUUGCCAGCGCCAGCCAUUUUGGUCCAGUAGCUCAUCCAGAGAACCCUGAUUGACACAAUUUCAAUUCUCAAGUUUUGCCUUGGGUGAGGUACUGGUGGUUUAACGUACGGAAAGUAGAAUAUAAUGACAUAUUCUGCUAGGUAUUUGCAGUCUGUGCACAAGUUCUUAGCCAUAAACCGCCAGUUUACCUGAAGCAGAGUACAACUUUUAGGGGUUUACGAGGUAAGAGCAUU